AUGUUGACCCUGGUGGCGCUGGCGUCCCUCCUCGUCCUGGCUGCAGUGCCCAAGCCCUCCCAGGCCAUCGUGAUUUACACGGGCUGGGAGCGUCACGCGUUGGUGGGCAGUGAUGUCCGACUGUCUUGCUCAUUCUUCUCAUGGCGAUGGACGUCCGAGGACGUCUCCUUCUCGUGGACGUACCGACCCGAUGGAUCCAGGGACAGCAUCUCUAUCUUCCACUACACUCGGGGCAUGGCCUACCUGGAUAACAAAGGUCCCUUCAGGGAUCGGCUGGAGUUCGUGGGAGACCCGUCCCGCCGCGACGGCUCCAUCCUGCUCAAGAACUUGGAGUUCAGCGACAACGGAACCUUCACCUGCGACGCCAAGAACCCGCCCGACAUCGUAGGCCGGGCCUCCAGCGUGCGCCUACUCGUCUUUGAAAAAGUGCCCAUCCAGGCGGGUGUGAUCACGGGCUCGAUUGUGGGCGCGGUGCUGGGCCUGCUGCUGCUCAUCGUGGUCAUCUACUACCUGAUGCGCUUCCUGGUGGCGCGCCGCGUCUUCAGCCUCAGCGUCAGCAAACACGGCAAGAAAAAGAAGGAGGGAUCACAGCAGAGACAGGCAAGUUAA